GUCCGCAGCCCCCGGCCCGGCCCGGCGGGGCCCGGAAGGCGCCGCGCUCCCUCACGGCCGCUGAGUGGCGGCGGCGCGUCACGUGCGCGCGGCCGGGCCGGGCCCCGCCGGGCCGUGAGGGGCGGGCGGGGAGGCGGCGGCGGCGCUGCCCGGGUGCGGUGCGACAUGUCCCACCAGACCGGCAUCCAAGCUAGUGGAAGUGUUAAGGACAUCUUUGUUGGAGCCAGAAAUGGACAAUACAGGCUUUUGAAAAUAGUAAUUGACAAUGAGCAGCUUGUUAUGGGAUCCUCUAGACGGCCAGUUGGAUCAUGGGAAAAGGAUUAUGAUUCCUUUGUCCUUCCUCUUCUUGAAGACAAGCAGCCAUGUUAUAUAUUAUACAGAUUAGAUUCACAGAAUGCUCAAGGAUAUGAAUGGAUCUUCAUUGCAUGGUCACCUGAUCACUCUCCUGUUCGUCAAAAAAUGUUGUAUGCAGCAACCAGAGCAACGCUUAAGAAAGAGUUUGGAGGUGGCCAUAUUAAGGAUGAAGUAUUUGGAACAGUACAGGAUGAUGUUUCACUGAAUGGAUAUAAAAAAUAUUUGAUAUCACAGUCCUCCCCUGCACCUUUGACUGCAGCAGAAGAGGAACUUCGACAAAUUAAGAUUAACGAGGUACAGGCAGAUGUUGGUGUAGAUACCAAGCAUCAAACACUGCAAGGAGUAGCAUUCCCCAUUGCUAAAGAAGCUAUUCAGGCUCUGGAGAAACUGAAAAAUAAGAAACUCAAUUAUGUACAACUGCAAAUUGAUAUGAAAAAUGAAACUAUUAUUUUGGCCAACACACUUGAUACUGAACUUAAGGACUUGCCAAAAAGAGUUCCAAAGGAUGCUGCGCGUUACCACUUUUUCCUGUAUAAGCACACGCAUGAAGGAGACUAUUUGGAAUCCAUAAUUUUUAUCUACUCUAUGCCAGGGUAUACCUGUAGUAUACGAGAACGAAUGCUCUACUCUAGUUGCAAAAGUCCACUGUUAGAAAUUGUAGAAACACAGUUGUGGAUGCAGAUAAUUAGAAAGAUUGAAAUAGAUAAUGGUGAUGAGUUAACUGCUGACUUCCUUUAUGAAGAAGUACAUCCAAAACAACAUGCUUACAAGCAGAGUUUUGCUAAACCAAAAGGUCCUGCAGGGAAGAGGGGAAUACGAAGACUGAUCAGAGGUCCAGCAGAGACCGAAACACCUAGUGAUUAGAAACUGUGUUUGUAUUUGUUUAAGUAUCAGAGUAAGAAAUGGAAUUCUGGCUUUUGGUAAUGAACUGAAAUCAUUCCAUUCAUAGAUGCUAGGGAUUAAAAAAAAAAAGCUCUUUUUACUCUUCUCUUUUCUGACCUCGACACUUUUUAUAUUGUUACAUGAUUAUAUUUGUUGACCAUGUUUUAUGAUAUAUAGAAAAGAUAAUUAUUUUGCAGCUAGAAAAGAAAAACAAAGCUAGUACCCCUUUAUUUUAAUUUAGAAGCCAUUAUUUAAUAGCUGUACAUGUAAUCAUAAACUUUGCAGACAUAAGACUACGAAGCCCUGUAUUCUGUAAGUCACAGCUGUAUUCUUAUGCGUAGCCUAUUAAACCUCUAAGACUUUCCAUGUGAGAAGAGAUGAAGGACUACAUAGCAUUGUCCCAAUUAAAACUUUCUUUUUCCUUGUAGCACUUAUGGACAAUAGUAAAAUAGAAGGUUGUCUUUGGAUUUUGACAGGAUGUGUUUCUGGAUUUUGUUAUUGUUUUGUUUGGGUUUUUUUCCUUGUAAUGGAAAAGAUGAACUAAAAUUAGUUAUCAUUCAAUUAGUAUAAGCAUUCAGGAAUUGGUGGACAUUUUCCAAGGCAAAAACUUGGUCAUCUCAAAUUUAUAACCAAUUUCAUGAAUUAUCUUUUAAAGAAAUCUGACAUAAAACACAAUAGCUUUUCCAGACUUCUGUAUCAUUCAUAAGUGUUACAUAUUAGGUACUGAAUGACCAAGUAAAAGGAGAUUAAAAGUCGGUGAGUUAGUAUACUCAAUAGAUUAUGGAGCUGCUUUCAGAGCUAUAUGUCUAAAAGUAUCUAAUAUUAAGUAAUUAAUUAUUGGUGCAGUUGGAUCUAAAAAUGUGUAAGUUCAGUAAAAAUUGAAGCAGUCUUGCUUCAUAACAGUGAGUUAUCCUUGAGGUCCUACUGUGUUUGCACUAUCAACUGCAAUUUUUACUUUCAAGGUAUUCUGAAAAUUACUUUUUCUAAAUGUUUGAACUUCAGUUGUAACUUACAUCUGUAAUUUAAGUCCAACUAGGUCUUGAAUAACUCCUGACAGCAAAGCCCCUAGUUAGGAUUUUGGUGAUUUUUCUCCUCCCUUCUUCCCUUCAAAAUACUUUAAUCAGCCAGAAUAGUCUAAACUUGAUGGAACUGUAAGUAAUGUGUUUAACAGGAAGAGGAAAAGUAGAUUAUUUUAAUAAUUGCAUUAAGGGGGAAUUAGAUGUGGAAGUCAAGUAUUGGAUGACCUUAAAUAUUUAAAACUGUGUGAUGAAGCAAGUACUCGUGAAUAGAUUGUAUUCCCACUGAGGACUUACUUUUUAGUGUCUUUUAUGUGACCUUUGUGGUUUUUGAGUUUUGUUGGUUUUGGUUUUUUUUAAAGCUACAUGGGAUUUGCCAGCUUUGGUUUAUUGGAUAUUAUUGUAGCUGUUGGACGUACUCAUUGUAGAGCUGAAUCGUGUGUUUACCUGGUGGAAGAUGGAUUUAAGUUUUGUAGGGGAUAAUGUUUUGACAGUAGUAGUUCCUGACAAAAAAUUGUUUUAUCUAUUUAGUUUGGCUAUACUUAGCUUACUGUUGACAUUGAGAUUGCACUAUAUAAUGUGAAGGUUGCAAUAGCUGGUAUUACCAUGGGGUUUUUAUAUGCAGCAGAAAUUUUACACUUCAGCUUUUUUUUUCAUUUAAUUUUACACACUACAUCAGUCCAAUUCAAUAGCUCUUGAUCCUCAGCUAAUCUCCUGCUUGCUCUUGUGUUCUUUUCCUGCCUCUUGCCUUCUGUACUGUUUCAGGCAAGUGUCAUUGUUUUCUGAAUAUUGUUAUUGUGUGUGCAGGUCAUUGUACACUGCAAUUAAAUGUAUUUUUAGAUUAACUCAAAUAUUUGCAAAACACCUAAUUAACUUUGGAAUUUUUGUUUUGUUUUGGUUUUAAGGAGUGUAGCAUUUAAAAAUUACUGCUAGAGGGUUGUUUGAAUUUAGUAUUCCUGCCCUUGUGCCAGCCAUAGCAAGAGUGCACAUACCUCUACACUUUCUUGAGCCAGUAAAGAAGUUCAGCUUUUUAAGACUAAGUAUUUUAAAUAAUGAACAGUUUGACCUGAUAUGGUUGUAUGCACGUUGUGGGGGUUUUGUUGGAUGUUUGUUUUGGUUUUUUUUUCACUGUUGUUUUUUGGUUUUGGUUUUUUGUGCAAUCCUGCCCUAGGUAGAUGAGGAUAGGAGAUGGAAAACUUAAUCUGCAGGAUGAUGAGAGCUGGUUAAGUGAUUAUGCAAGAGCAUUUAUGAUGAGCUGCUUUAGAGUUCAGCCCAAACCAGACAUUGUAAAUUUCCCUACCUGAAAACAUUCUAUGUGAUGUACACACCCAGCCCAGACAGGAGUCUGUCAUGUCCUGAGCAUGUCUCCCCCUCACCUUUUCCCAAAAAGAGAAUUGUAUGAAGUCGUGCACUGCUGGCUGGUUCUCCGGGCCUCUUGUAGCUAUUCUCCUAACAGCAAUAAGAAGUAUCUGUUCUUUUUGUACAAUCUAUCACGUUUACAUCUACAUAGUUGCCUCCACUUCUGUUCAUGAAUGUUCAGAACCAGGGCAAAAUGUGGGCAUUAAUCAGUUGCUCCAUUAACUGUCUCUGGUCAUUAAAUAAUUGAAAGUGUCCAUUCAAAUUGUUGUUGGCCUUCAUAAAACCCAAAAGCAAUGCCACUGCUUGCAGUUAACUCACAAGCUAUUAAAUAGUUAAUUAACAGGACAGGUAAUUAUUUAAUAAAUGUUUACAUUGCAACUUAGGGAGAUCUGAGAUCUUGAUCUUUUAAAACACUCCUAUCACGGUUAAACUAAUCAAGGUAAAAAUUGCUCUGUUGCUCAGAUUGACUCUGUAAAUAAAAAAUCUUGUUUAUCAGUGUGUUUAUGUAUUCAAUGAAAGCCACCUUCAGAUGCUAAAAUUAACUAAGUUUACCUUAUCUAUUUUGUAAUUUACUUUAUAAAUAAAGAUUGAUGCUUUA